UUAACACAAAGAAAUAAUGUAGUUGAACCAAGCAGUUCAGUUUUGCAUGUGUCAGGCAAGCCAGAGUUACUAAACUUUCUGGGGGAUUGGCCUAUAGAACAAACAAUGGGACAGAGGGUCAAAAGACCUAGAAGAUUAGAAAAAUCUUUGAAGACUGAUAAGGAAGGCGAAACUCCCAGUCAGCCUCCUCUUGAAUUAGAUAGGGAGCAGGUGGGCCUACCUGAUUCCUGUACUGUUGAAAAAGGAUUGGAGGAAGAAAAUUUGUCCGUUAGUUCAGAUAAAAUUGCACCAGAAUUACAAAUGGUAGGUCAUUGGCCUCUGUCAGGCUCUUUAGAACAGAGACAGCAAAGGUCAAGGAGAGUGAGGAAGACAAGUCUAAAUCAAUCAGAUGAUAGUAUAAGUACUAAAGAUCACAUUAAUAGAAAUGCUCUUGACACAGUAGAUGUGCUUCGUGGGACACCUGUGGACACCUUGGAGCUGCAGGAUACAAAGAAAUUGCAUUUUCAGCAACCUGAAGCAGUAGCUAGUGAAACAACCACCGAGAAAAAAAAUCAACAAAAUAAAAGAACAAGGAAACAUCACAAAUUAGCUCUCACUUUUACAAACAAUAAUCUGCCUCCUCCCAGAGCAGAGGAGCAGUUGUCUGUGCUUAACACUGCAGAAGAGAAACAUGACACAUGCUCAUGUAGACAAGUAAGUAGCCAUUCACAGACUGAAUCACAGGAUUUUGCUCUUCUGUGGAGGCUAGAAAAGAACAUGAUUUUUCCUGAGACUACCAAGGUGUUGCAUGGCAGACUAGAUGGCUUCAGACCCAAAAAUGUAGAUAGUGCUUCUGAUUUCCAGGAAAAAAUACCCUAUCGAGUUACGUAUGAUAAAAGUACAUUUGUGGAGGAAAGUGAGCUUAUCAAUAUUGAUGAGUCUGAAAAGUUAAAUAUGCUCUGCAAGCUCUUUGAGUCUCUUUCAGUUGAAGCUCUGAAAGAUUUGUAUGAGAGAUGCAACAAAGACAUUGACUGGGUCACUGGUCUGCUGUUAGACUCUAACGAAAAGCUAUGCAAGGAUGUCAGUACAGAAUGCUUGCAAGUAAAGGAAGCUGAGGCUGUUGCCGCAGACCCUGAUUUCAAGGCAAAUGCAAGCUAUGGUGAGAAUCCCCAAAAUCCUCAACAAACCCAGCAAAUAUUUGUGAAAGAAGCUACUUUUGAGGGUUCAGAGAACAAGAACUCAUUGAUCAGCAUUGCAGAAGGUAGUACCACCACAGUAAUUGUGACAGAUGCUGAUAUAUCUGACUCAUUAACUACUGUCUCUAUGAAUGAUUCAGCGGAACACAAAAAUCCCAGUGAUGCAGCUCCUGGAAUUGAUGCCGUUGCCUCAGCAGCAGAUAUCACUGAACAGUCUAUGUCAGAAAUGCAGAAAAUAGAUAGGCAGCCUAUGAGUACUGCUGAGGAAACACAAAAUAAGCAGUCAGCUUCUCAGCUUGAUGUAGGUUUAUGUCUACCUGUGACUUCACCUCAUGGUCUUCAUACAACUCCUACCAAUUUAGAAAUCAAAUUAAAUAAUGAAAAUUACAGUAACCCUUCAGAAAGUGGUGCAGAGAAUAUCGAAGGACAUAAUACAGCUACUUUGUUACUGAAAAUGGAUCAAACAUCUUGGAAGGAUCCUACAGAUGAUAAAGAACUGGAAUCUGAUAAAGAAACCCGAGAGAGAUCCAGGGAGGUAUUUGGUAAAGAAAAAAGUGAAACUCCAAUUUGGGAUGCCAAGAUAGAAACCCCUUCACCAGUCCCAUCUGUGGCCUUCAAUAUAGACUGUCUAGAGCUAACAUUGCCUCCGGAACUGGCACUCCAAUUGAAAGAGAUAUUUGGGCCCGUUGGCAUUGAUGCAG